AUGAUCUUCAUUCAUCUCGACAAGGGCAAGGAGUUCGUCGAUCAUCAUAACAUUUUCAUCGCUGGUUCGCCCGAGGUUACCGAUGGAAUCAAGGCUCAUCAUAGCAGCUGGGAGAUAGAUGAUGUUGACAGCCAAGUAGUUGGCCACCACUACUUGAUCCGCAAGGGACAUAUCAACGUUUUCGGCGUGGGAAGACAUGUCCUCGGCAGCCAGAUCUUUGAUUACUGGUUUGAUCCCUCUGGAUUUGUUGUCGAGCAUUACGUCGACGGCGACCUCGUGAACGAAGACUCUCCAAAUGCCAAUGAGCCAGCUGUUGCUGCCACAGUCUCCAGCUGGGGACCGGAUAUUCCUCGUGCCUUUUUCACGAAGAGAUACGAAGAUCUACCGGGACUCAAGGAUUUCCCUACCAUGCCGAUUGAGGCAUAG